AUGACUUGGACCGAUAAGCCUAUACCAAUCGACGAGGCUAUGGCGGUGAUGAAGAGGAGCAUUGAGGUAUCCGGAGGAAGUGUAGCGUGGAAUGGCGGAGAGUUCUACGGUCCUCCAGAACACAACUCUUUGCACCUCCUCAAGGCUUACUUCACAAAAUAUCCAGAAGACGCGAGCAAGGUUGUUCUGUGCAUUAAGGGGGGUAUCGAUCUGAAGGUGUUUGCUCCAAACGGAUCAUACGAGUUCUUAUCUUCAUCAGUCGAUAAGUGCAAUGAGUUACUUGGUGGAGUGAAGAAGAUUGACCAAUUUGAGCCAGCUAGGCGUGAUCCAAACCACACAUCACAACAGAUUAUUGAGAAUCUCGCGCGUAUCGAGAAGGAGGGCAAGAUUGGCGGUAUCAGCCUGUCUGAGGUCGACGAAAAGACUAUCAGAGAGGCCGCGAAGGCGGCAGAGGAUUUGGGAACGAAGGUGUCUUCUGUAGAAGUUGAAUUUAGCAUGGCUUCGCCAGAUAUUCUCUACAACGGCGUUGCGAAGGCUUGCGCUGACUUUAAUAUCCCGAUCUACGCUUACAGUCCAAUUGGAAGAGGUUUGCUCAGUGGUAAAAUUAAGAGUAACGCUGAUGCGAAGGGAAUGGCAAAGCACUUUCCACGCUUCCAAGACGGCAAUAUCGAAGAGAAUCUCAAGCUGGUGGCCGAGGUUGAAAAGCUGGCAGAGAAGAAGAGAUGCACACCAGCACAAAUUGCAAUUGCGUGGGUGAAGUAUCACUCCAACAGGAAUGGUCUGCCAACCAUCAUUCCUAUCCCUGGUGCCAGCUCUGUCCGCCGGGUCGAGGAGAACUUGAUCAACAGCAUCACGUUGACAGACGAUGACAUGAAGCAUCUCAACGAGGCGGUGGAGAAGGUAGAGAUAAAAGGCGGCCGCUAUCCUGAGUAG